AAUCAUAAGAAAAAAAGCAUCUGCAACAGUAACAUAAAUGAAAAGCUGAAAGAAACAAGAUCCACCUCGAACACCCCUCCACAAAACUCUCUUCCUCACCCCACUAUCCUUACACCUAAAAUUCCCACAAUUCCAAAAAUUAAAAUAAAAAAAAAAAACCCACCAUUUUCUCUCUUUUUCUUCAACACCCAAAAAUCAAGAUUCUUCACUAGUAGAGAAAUAUUGUGAUAAAGACAAACACCCAUCUCAUAAAAAUCUCAUUUUUCAAUUGUUACACUUGUCUUUUUCCAGCCCCAUAUCUUCACAUAGACUAUUUUGUCUGAUUAUAGCCUUGGUUUUAGAUUCUUUUAUGCCAAUCUUUAAGUUCCCAUAAAAGGUGAGAUCUUUUUGUUUUUUGUUUUUUGUUUUUUGUUCUUCCCCUUUUGAUGUUGGUAAUGUUCAAGCUAGUUUAAGUACUUGUAGUAGUAAUUCAUCAAGUGUACUUGCUAUGAUUAAGUUGGAAUAGUCAUAAAGGUGAGAUCUUUACACAAAAAAAUCCAAGAUUGUAUCAAUUUUGGCUGUUUUGAAAGAUGAGGGAAGAAGAUUCAAAUUGGUUUGCUAAAUGGGAAGAAGAAUUGCCUAAACCUGAAGAAUUAAUGCCUUUAUCUCAAACCCUUAUUACACCUGAUCUUGCUAUAGCUUUUGAUAUUCCAAACCCUACUAGCCCAAAUCCUCAAAACAAGCAACAACAAACACCACUUGUUCAAUCAUCUCAGCCUAAUUCAUCAGCUGAAUUUGAGUCUGGUGAGCUAAAUGGGCCUGGUGGUGGUGGUGAUGAACCGGCCCGGACCCUUAAAAGGCCCAGACUUGUGUGGACCCCACAGUUACAUAAGAGGUUUGUUGAUGCAGUUGCUCAUUUAGGGAUCAAGAAUGCUGUUCCCAAAACUAUAAUGCAACUGAUGAGUGUCGAUGGGUUAACGCGCGAAAAUGUGGCUAGUCAUUUGCAAAAGUAUAGGCUUUAUUUGAAAAGAAUGCAGGGUCUUUCUAAUAGUGGAAGUGGUGGUAGCAAUGCUCAAUCUUUAUCAGGUGCUGAUCCAGCAAUGGAUAAUUUGUUCGCUAGUUCGCCUGUUCCAGCGCAUUUUCUGCAGCAUCCGGUGAGGGGUAGUUCGGACCAUUUCAUGCCGUUUGUGCCACAUCACCAUCAUAUGGGAGUUGUUGUUGGACACCAUCCACAAGUUCAACAGCAGUAUAGGCAAUUUGGGUCACCGGGGAACGGGCAUUUUGAGCAUCCUUUUUUGUCUAGGCAGCAAUCACAGCAGCAGGUUCAGAGAAUGGGGGCAUCAGGGCAUAAUGGUAAUUAUGUGGAGGAUGUGGAUUCAGCCACAACCGGAGUUAACGGGAGGAAGGUACUUACUCUGUUUCCAACAGGGGAUGAUUGAUAUUAAGGGUAACCGUUGAUUUUUAGCCUGUCGAUUUGACUUACUAUGUAUUCUAGAAUUUAAGUUGAAUAACAUUUGCCUCUUUGUUUUAGUACCUUUUAAUUGGAUUAGUGGUGUUUCAGUGUUAAUAUUAUCUAUAUGGAGUUGUUGGUAUGGUCUUCAACUCUUAAUGGAACUGUGGAAAUCCCCCUUUUAUAAGAAUCUGGAUUUGAUGCUUUUAGUGUCAGUCCUGGAAUUGUUCAGUUA